UUUAGUGUUUUCAGCAACAAUAGAUUCUUCAUUCGCUGAGUAAUUGUUUCACUUACAAAACUGUAAAUUAGGAAAAACGCGAAAUAAUGGAGAAGCGAUCCACAUCUACCAUGCAGGUGCUCUAUGCAGAACUGGCCGCUGCCAAAUCUCGAAACGCCCAGCUGGAAGAGGAGAACAUAUUACUGCGCCAUCGUCUGAAUCGUGCCUCUGCCAGCCACAGCACCAAUGCGGCCAUAAAUGUCGAGGCCAAGAUCAUGGCCUUUCAAUUGGAGGAGGAGCGCGAUCGUCUGGUGGAGACGGUGCAGCAGCACAAGAAGAAGUACAACAAACUGCAUGACGCCUACCUGGAGAAGGUGAAGCGCUGUCGUGCCCUGGAGGAGAUGUUUAAGCGGCAGAAGACACUAACAGGAUUGGUUAUGAAGUCCUCUUUGGAUCAGCGAAAUGCAGAACAACGAAUGAUGUUAGAAAAGCGGCAAUCGGCCCAAAGUGAUCUCAAUGAACUGCAAGAACUGAAGGCCAAAGUGGAGAAGCUUCAAAGAGCCCUGGAUGAGUCAUACGACAUUAUCGAUGAAAUGGAUUUUGAAUUGGAUAGCGUGGAAUUACUGGAAAUGCAAAAUCAAAGUUUACGAGAUGAAUUGGCUGCUCUGAAGCUGAACUCAGAAGCAGGAGCGACCAGCUUUGCAUCUUCAGCACCAAACGAUGAUGAUCCUCCUCCAAAAUAUGAGGAGGAUUAUCCUGGUGUUCAUCACAAAGCUCGUCGCUGCUCCUCGAGCAGUGAAUCUGGGCCCAAAGAUGACGAUGCCGAUGCAGAAACCAUGGAGAGAGCUGUUUUGACUCACAGCCUUAUUCAAACUGUCGAAACGGAGAGCAAUGCCCUUCGGCGAGAACUUUUGAGAUCCCGUUGCCAGAGAACAAUACGUGGGAAGUUGGAAAAAGAAAGUGAGCCUGCUGAUUAG